CACUAGAGCUCUUGCAAGGAAGAUGGUUGACAAAGCUAAUUUAGAGAAGGUAGCUCUUGAAAAUCGUGUUGAAAAUAUGGAAAAUACUUUGAAGGAAUUGAUGGCUUCCUUCGAAUCUCUUCAAGCAACCUUAGUCACAAGGGAACCUUUGACAACAAAUCCUUUAUUUGAAGGAAAUGUUUCGGUGACAAAUCUCCCUGUGGCCACAUCUACUUUAACUCUUGGGAAGGAGCUUAUAUCAUCUUGCCUACCAAAUCCAACUAUUGUUGGAGCUUCUGGAACAAAACCAUUUGUUCUGAAUGCUGGGGUUGCUACAAUUGAGACUAAUGAAAAUGAUCAAGUAGAGACUCACUUGGUUAAAAAGAUGACUCUUUAUGCCAAUGAUGAGAAGCUAAUGAUACAUUAUUUUCAGGAUAGUCUGACAGGUCCUGCAGAUACCUGGUUCUCAACUUUAGACAAGAGUAAAGUUAAGAGUUGGCAUGAUUUGACUCACAACUUUAUGAAGCAAUAUGAAUACAACACAUCAUUAGCUCAUAGUAGAGAGGAUCUUCAAAAAGCGAAAAAGAAAUCGAGUGAGAACUUUAAGGAAUUUACUCAAAGAUGGCGUGGAUUGGUUGCUCGAGUUCAACCUCCACUGACUAAUCAUGAAUUAAUAGUUGGGAUUGUUACUUAUGUACCUAUGGUGCUAGUAAAACCACCAUUUCCAGCAUGGUACAACUCACAGGCAAGAUGUGAAUAUCACAAUGGAGGUGUUGGGCAUGACCUUGAAAAUUGUCUAGCUUUAAGGCAUUAUGUUCAAGAUUUGAUAGAGGCAAAGGAGUUACAUAUUGCAUCAAAACUUGAAGUUGUUGGUUCGAAUAUUAGUAAAAACCCCCUACCAACACACGAUGGUUUAACAGUCAAUAUGAUCGAGAAGGAUUUUGAGGAAGGUCAAGAGGUGGCUGCAGUUACUCUCACCAAUCAAGUUCCAUCAACUCCUAGACAGCCUUUAAUAUUAAAGGGACCAACGCUUACAGUUCCACUCAAACAAGGUUGAUCUUAGAACUGUUACUGAUGAGGGCUUGAAUAAGUGAACAAUGGAGUUUUUCCCUAUUGCUUUCAUUUUGGAAUAAAAUGUGUCCAUCAUGUUAGUUUUCAUUUGCAUUUUCCAAACUCCUUUCAUAUUGCAAUUUGAAUCUUUGUUAUUUAGUUCUUGAUUUUAUACUUCCAUGAGUUGCAUUGUUACUAAACUUGACUUCAAUUU